AUGGCCGAAUGCUACUACCAAGUGAAUGCGAAUACGUAUCAAUCUGGGUCCAAUAGUUCCUCGGGCUCGACGUCCAGAUUUUCAGAAUCAACGGCCUCCUCGCACGACCUGAGAAUGAUACUCGACAAAUGGAAAGAACUCGGCACUCAGCUACAAGUCUCCGUGAACACAAACGCACCCGAUGAAAGUCAAGCGCUUUCAUCCUUCGUCGACUUUGUGGACGCCGUUGAACCCGGUCCUCCCUCUUCCGCCGACCCAAUCGAACAGAUUCUGAGUUGGACGGGACAGGAUCUCAGCGUUCCGAUCCUCGGGGGCAUUCUCAACAUCCGACCCUCUGUGUAUUCCAAGAUUUGUCAAGAGCUGCGACUCCGAAACGCCCUCGUCUUCGACACCCGUGGAGAUCUGCAGAACAUCUUCAACCAGUUGACCGCACAGAUUCAAUCAUGGGUGCCACAAGCCGGAGUUGGGGAGGUUUUCGAUUCCCCCUCUCAACACGACGUCUACAUACUGGAAUGCGGCGAGCUUCAUCCCAUUGGCUACGACAUGUUCAUGGACCAUAUCAACGGCCAGGCCAGGGAGGCCUUAAGGAGCGGUCAAAAUGUUAUUGACCAUGACUUGUACUUUCAGUGCCCGUUCCACGAAUCCCCUGCACCAUAUGUUCGGAAAGCACGCCGAGUGACCCCGCUGAGUGAAAUAUCUAGAGCGCUGCAAAUAAUCAUUAACUCCCCCGUCGCGGUGAAUGAGCAUCCAGCCAGUGCUGGUGAUGUCUCUGAGGAUCUGGAAUUCUCCAACAACGAGCCCGAGCAUGUUGAAAAUUCAAACGGGUCAACUACGAGCAGGGUGGUGUCCUCACAUCAGCAUGAGAACACGACCUCCCCUACGACGUCAACGCCCGUGCCAACACCAGAUGCACCACCGUUAGUGCGUCCACCCACCACCAGCAGGGCCACUAUGCGAAGCAGAGCCCUUACUACCUUGGGACGGUGGAUCAACUCAACACACAUUCGCAGCCAGUCCGAGUCUGCCACAACCCCGUACAUGUCUGAGUUGUGCCAUGCGCUCAGUCCCGAUGGUUCAAACUUAAUCGUCUGGUCUCGGCACAGAAUCUGUCGCAAACCACUGGCCAACGAUACUUGGAGUCAAGAGCAGUUCUUGGACCAUAUCUUACUUGCCGCCACUGGGACCAAUCACUUCGCUGCGGUCAGCCAAGGGACGGGCGGGUAUCAACUCUCUCUUUAUGAUGCAACUGGUGGACCUGCAGGGGAGUCCAUGAUGCGUCUCGAAAGGUGCCCAAGAAGUCUGUGUUUCUCUCACGAUGGAUCAAAGCUGGCUGUAGGCACAGGUUCUGAAGUGAGGAUUAUUUCAACGAGCCUGGCCGACUGGGCUCGCCGCUACCGCAGCUACUCGUCAGUCCCGCCCUCAACAGGCGAGGAGCCUGACCGAGGGUCGCCAAACCAGCUACAUCAAGACACCUGGAAUGGACAAGGGCUGCACAGCCAAGCUUUGUCCUUCUCUCCGGACCGAAAGCAGCUCUUGGUGGCUACACAGUAUGGUCAUGAAGAAUGCACCAUCUGCCUGUGGCUCUACGAUCUCGGUCCACGAGCAGAUCGACGAACUCUACCUCCAUAUCCCUUCGCAAAAACACUCAGAAUGAUCUCAUCGGACGCUGGUUUGACAGCGAUACCCUGCUUUCACAAAGGCGGUCAAACCACUUACAUCGUCUGCAGGGCUGCGGCGCAUCAUAGACAGCCCAGAGUCGAGCGGAUCAUGCCUCCCGCUCGGGGUGGGGGCCCUAGGCCUAGAGAGUCCGAGCAGAUAACCGGCAGAGAGCUCUUCAUCGACCGCGUGCAUACGGCAAUUCCUAUUCUAGGUGAAGCUCCUCGCUUUCUCUUAACCAAUGAAAGCAAUGAAAUAUACCUUGUCCGCCGAACCGACAACGGAAGGGCUUGGGGGGCAGAGUGCGUGCCGGUUCACCUCCCCAGACGUCCUGCUCCUGAAGACGGCGGAGGAUGGAGAGUAUCCGUCGCCGCCUUCAGCGCGAGCAACAUCACUACCUUCUAUAUCAGUCAGGGUCAGGGUCACCUCAUUCGUUAUGACGCUUCAAGGUCUCCACAAGAACAUUUAGAGCACGUGUCUUUGGAUGCAUUCAACCCAGGGGGAGUGGAUAUUGCAGCGGAAGCUACAUAG